UCUUUCAUUUCAUCGGUAUGUCUUUGUUAAUCUCUAGGUUAUAUCAUCACGUCUAUAGAUUUUUUAAACAAAUGGUUCUUUAAAAAAUCAUAGACAGAAAAAAAAAAACUCUCUCUUUGUUGUUUCUUAAUCAUGCAACUAAGCUAUUCCAACAAUUUCUAUCUCAAUUUUUCACGAUUUAUUUCUCCUCUAAAACCCUCUCCCAAACCCACAAGUAGUGGUGAUACAUUACAGGUCAGCCAACUCCAUUGAAGUGAAGAAGCUCUCUCUUACCCCAAAACCCAAGAGAGAGAGAGAGAGAGAGAGAGUAGUGUGGUGCAUCGUUACAAAAGACACAACAACAACAAAAAAAAAAAAGAACCGUACGAAACUAUUUUUUUGUUUUGUCUCUUUCCGUGUUGUUGUUGUUUAGCUAAUGACAGAACUCAACUUCCUCCUCCAAACAACAAUCUCCGAUCGUCUCAUCACCACCACCACGACGAGAACAACGUCACCGCCGUCUUUCUCAUCAUCACAUUCUUCUUCUUCUUCUUCUCGCAUCAUCUCUUUCACCAAACGAAGACGAAAACACCAACCUUUAGUAGUAUCCAUACGCAUGGAGGAUCAGUACUACUACUCACGGCCAAAAGACAAAGUCGUCGUCAUUUUAGGAGCAACCGGCGCCGGAAAAUCGAAACUUUCCGUCGAUCUCGCCACUCGUUUCCCUUCAGAGAUCAUUAACUCUGACAAAAUCCAAGUCUACGAAGGCUUAGAGAUCACAACCAAUCAGAUUACGUUACAAGAGCGUCGCGGCGUCCCUCACCAUCUCCUCGGUUACCUCAACCCCGAACACGGCGAGCUCACCGCCGCGGAUUUCCGCUCCGCCGCUUCAAACGCCGUCGAAGACAUAACAUCUCGUCAAAAGCUCCCGAUCAUCGCCGGUGGAUCUAACUCAUUCGUCCACGCACUCUUAUCUCAACGGUUCGACCCAAAGAUCGAUCCUUUCUCAUCCGGGUCGGGUCUAAUCUCCUCAGAUUUGCGUUACCAGUGUUGCUUCAUCUGGGUCGACGUGUCGGAGACUGUGCUCUACGAGUAUCUUCUCAAACGGGUCGACGAGAUGAUGGAUUCGGGUAUGUUCGAAGAGCUAUCCGGGUUUUACGACCCGGUUAAAUCCGGUUUAGAACCCCGGUUUGGGAUUCGGAAAGCUAUAGGUGUACCGGAGUUCGACGGUUACUUCAAAGAGUAUCCACCGGCGGGGACGAUAAAGUGGGAUGCUUUGAGAAAAGCGGCGUACGAUAAGGCGGUUGAUGAUAUCAAAAGGAACACGUGGACGUUAGCGAAGAGACAGAUAAAGAAGAUUGAGAUGCUAAAAGACGCCGGAUGGAAGAUACAAAGAGUUGAUGCAACGGCGUCGUUUAAAGAGGUUAUGAAGAUGAGUACGUCGUCGGAGAAGAAGACGAAGAAGUGGAGAGAGGUUUGGGAAGAGCAAGUGUUGGAGCCAAGCGUAAAGAUUGUGAAGCGGCUGUUGGUGGAAGAUUAGGUUUUUUUUUUUGUUUCCAGCCAUUUUACAGCUCAUUUUUGGAAAACUAAUUUUUU